AUGGCAGAAUCUCUAGGUCUGGAUAGCGCAGGGCUUGGGAAUGUCUGCGACGGUUAUCCCGCGCUCGCUGGCUGGAUAGGACGAGACCCCGAUGGCGAAACGCUAGUCUUCCGCAGGUUCAGGAAACUCAGCGCGCGCAACGUUCUCCACUUGCAGACCCGGUUUAUCCAACUGGAACAAAAGAUCGAGGAGUUCGAUGACGAAGUGAGGGGGAGUACCGACCUCGACGCUCGCCAGGCAUCACGACGGUAG